UCUAAUUUAAAACCUGUCCUUUGCAGUCCCCUCUCUCCCACAGAAAGUAUGCUCGAUGGCAUUCUGUUGGGUUACAUCGUCCGCCUGAUCCUGAUAGGGCCCUUUUUCAGUAUCCGUCUCGCCUUGUACCAUCAUCCUUCCGCACAAUACUCACUUUCACUCGGAUGAUAGAGAGACGGGCUCAAGGCGGUCGUCAGCUUCACCAGGAUGCAACGGUUGCCUAUCGAGAUCAUGACAUACAUAGCAAACUCCCUGGACUUACACGAUACGUUCAACCUCAGCCUGGUUUGUUCCCAGUUCAGAUAUCUUGUAAUCAAUGCCCCGUACUCAGCCGACGUCCAAGAUGCAUGCUCCUCCAAGCAAUACGCCCGUUGCUUGCGGCGACUGGUCAAGAUCCAGAAUGCUGUCGCUACCGCCGCGCCGUACUCCGCCGCAAUUGCUGCUCAUGUGGAUGACUUCAUCUACUGUGAUGGAAUGCUUUGCUACACUCAAGGCUAUGAGUCGCUCCGCCUUCUCCAUCUACAUGGAUCUGCGGACUCGGAGAUCGUUAUCGACAUCCGUACGCUACUGUGGGCUAUCCCAGGACUGGGCAUUGGGAAUGGUAAGUUCAAGUUUCGGCCAGUACACUUCGCCUGCGGGAUUGUAAGCUGUCUUUACAAUCCACCAAAGACAGGAGGUCGAAGCCGACUUGUCAUUAUAGAUGUGCGACAAAGGAGGCUUCUAACAGCUCAUGUUCUCGAAUCAACAUCCAAGCUGUUUGCACGCAACAACAAGGAAUGUCUCUACUAUGGCACCCACUCAAUGAUUGGAGAUGACGGCUUCAAAAGAUGGGUUCUGAGGCGAUUCGACAUCUGCAAGGAACAAUGGGCUGCAGGCCGUUUGGACCUCGAGGACCUAGUCGGAUCAGACGUCGGCUCUACUGUUUGCUUUGAAGUCAUCGACAAUAACUUUUAUGGAAUCUCAAGCCUGAACACUUUUGAUGUCUACGAAGCUGAUUGGACCUCACACUAUUACGGCUUUCGUUUACCGGUGGGAAGUUUAGAGGCCAAGGACAUGCAGCUAACAUCGGAAAAUGCCAUGUGGCGCCGGCAACACGAAGAGGGGCCCAUUGAUGAUAGAUGGAGCACUUUGCAACUUGAAAAGGACCAGGUUACUGGGAAUAUCAUGGUUUCAGAAUGUCGAAGAGAAUGGCUUGUCGACGAGUGUUCAAGCACGAGAUCAUCGUAUCGGACAGAGCUUAUCUUUUCUAAUCGACGCAACCGUGCAAACGACUCAGACUCCGAUUCCGACCCCGAAAGCGAUGCCGAAAGCAGCGAAGUUCCACCCACUCAUUCAUGCUCAACUGGUACAGCAGUCCAAGCCAACAAACAGCGCGAGUCUUCAACGUUUCACAGAGGCGAUGACGGCUCAACGACCCCAGCAAUAACUCUUAGCCAAUGCUUCAUACGUUCUUAUAACCAUUCCUGCGAAACGUUCAUCGACCUGGUCAACGACCCUGAUGCUUCCGAUUCUAUGAUGCGAAGGCCGCAGCUACGUUCAAUAUCCCGUUUUAGCCAUGCCAGAAACAACCACGGUCUUCAAUGGUCACCUGCAGACGGCGCGGGGCAAGGGGCUCUCCAACCCGGUACGCCAAAUAAGAUCUCAUGGUGGCCGCCAAAAACCGAUACAAAGCAGAAAAACUUGUGCCUCACAGAGUUGGAUAGCAUUCUCAACCCCAAAGGCCACAAUACGUACAGUCCUAUCUCAGGGGUUAUGGACGACCGCUCGAUAGUCUAUGCCGUCGGACCACGGGCAUCCCAUAGUACGCGGCCGCUGGUGUUCAUCUCAUUCGAUCCCGCUAUCAGGCUUCCAAACCUCAACAACUGGCCCGGUGGCCCAACGACACCACCACGAACUCAGUUCAAGACACAGGGGGACGACGUGACAAGCCCCUGUCAAUAUCCAACACCGCAGUCGCUGCCGAUCUCGGGGCCUGCCUCAAGGAACUCCUCUUUCAGUGAGGGGUCAUACCCUGGCCCAAGACGACCAUCACCCGACAUACAGUCAGAAUUAUGCAAGCCUGGAGUCUCAACUUGGAUAAGGAGAGCUCCAGCCGCGUACUUGCAGAGAGCUUGCACUCCUGGGAAGCCGUUCGGCUAUGAUUUCGCUUACAGCGGGCACAAUUCGGCAUCGUCUCGAAGUUAGAACGGAGAGCCUGCCGACGGCUGCAUUCUCCCCAUGUCCAUCAAAGGCUCUAGGCGUGUCACACAUCUUCGGGCGAGGGCCAGAUCCACACUCGGGCAUCCUUAAACAGGCUGUUCCAAACGGAUAUUCCGUGGCGUAAAAGUACCUUGCCGAAGGAACGCGUUGGAUGGAGACUCGGACAUGGGUGGACGACUGGGUUCUCCUACAAACAGUCCUCAUCAAAGCCCCGUCGCAGCAAUUGUAUCGCCGGACAUGCUUGCUUAUGAUUUUGUGGUAGGAAGGGGGGGACGCCAAUUGCCUUGUUUUCCCGAGCUCCUUGCUCACCCCCGCUUGCGGCCGCUCGGCGGCGGUGGUUCGCACAAUGGGGAUGUUCGCCUUGCGUUAGCUUUGCGAGCUACUGAUAUUACCCCCCUGUUUGAAGAAGGGAUUACGCCUUAAGCGAGAGACAGGGCCACAAGAUCCAUCUAUCAUCUGUAGUUGUAAGAAUCUACAGAUACUCUGAACU